AUGUCGACGUUCCUCGCAGACUCCGAGGCUCCUAUUAUCUUGCUUUCUGCCAAGAAACACUUUGAUCAAUUGCCAUCUGACGAUGCCAAAGCUUACGCUCACCACUUGUCCAGAGCUUCCCACUGGGGUACUAGAGCCGUGUUGAGAUCCGUGUCUCCAGAGAGUGAGCCAAUCUACGACUUGAUUUUGGGAGUCCACAAGGCAUUGGAUGAACCACAAUCGGAAGAAGAAUACGUGCAGAGAUUACUGUCUGUCGAUUCCAAAGUGGUGAUUCUCUACUUGGAAUAUGCCUCUCAGUUCUUGUCCAACUUGGGUAACUACAAGUCUUUCGGAGAUAAGAAGUUUGUGCCAAAGUUGUCCGCUGCUGAAUUCGAAAAAUUGGUGGCUGCUACUUCUAGCGACGAGCUUGUAAAUCUUUACAAGUCAAUUGAGUCUCCUUUGUAUGAUACUAAGUUGGCAUUGUUAGGAUGGCCAGAAAAGGGUCAGUUGUCCAAUUACUAUCCUUUCAGCACCUCCACUAUCACCAAGAGCGAGAUUGAGGCUGUUAACGCUGCUUUGGCUGUCAAGGGUAUCAUGCCUGAAAACACCAGAGUGGUUAAGAAAUCUGAGAAGGAGUUCGUGGUUCUCGUGGCCAGUGCCUUGGCUUCAAACACCACCGACUACUAUCCCAAGGAAGCACUCAAAUUAGAGAAUGAUGCACUGGUCACCAUCGAGUUUGGUGAUCACUCCAAGGAGUUUGCUGAAAUCGUGAAACACACGAGAGAAGCAGGAAAGCAUGUCUCCACCGAAACCCAGAAGAAAAUGAUUGACUUUUAUGCCGAAUCUUUUGAGACCGGCUCCAUGAACGCUCACAAGAACUCUCAGAUCCAAUGGGUUAAGGACUUGGGGCCUCUGGUUGAAUCCAAUAUCGGUUUCAUUGAGACUUACAGAGAUCCUUCUGGUGUUCGUGGUGAAUGGGAGGGAUUGGUGGCCAUGGUUAACCAGGACCGUACUGCCAAGUUCUCUACUUUGGUCAACAAUGCCUCCACAUUGAUUCCAUACCUUCCAUGGGACAAAUUGUACGAAAAGGAUGUGUUCACGCCACCAGACUUCACUUCAUUGGAAGUUUUGACUUUUGCAGGUUCAGGAGUACCUGCUGGUAUCAAUAUUCCAAACUACGAUGACGUCAGAUUGAACGUAGGCUUCAAGAACGUGUCCUUGGGUAAUGUGUUGAGUGCCAACCCAAAGAAGCCAAAGAAGGAAGAAGUUAUCAGUUUCGUAAAUGAGAAUUUGCAGGAAAAAUUCCGCAAGUGGAGAGAUGAUGCCUUCGAGGUUCAAGUCGGUUUGCAUGAGUUGUUGGGACAUGGAACUGGUAAAUUGUUGCAGGAGACUUCCCCAGGUAAGUUUAACUUCGACAAGGAUGCACACCCAGAGAUCAAGACGUACUAUGGUCCAAGCGAAACCUGGGGCUCGUUAUUCGGUGCCACUGCUGGUUCUUUCGAGGAGUGCAGAGCUGAGUUGGUCGCUUUGUAUCUCAUUUUGCACAAGCCUUCCGAAGUGUUGCCAAUUUUCGACAUCACCGACAGCCAGGAGCAGAAGGACGUUGAAUUAAUUGCAACACUCUUGAUGGCGCGUGCCGGUGUGAUCGGUCUCGAAUUCUGGGACCCAGAGUCCAAGAAAUGGGGACAGCCACACAUGCAAGCCAGAUUUGGUAUCUUCAAGUGUUUGCACAGAGCAGGAGUUGUGACGCUCAAGUACACCAAAGAAGACUACGACGACUUGGAAAUUGUUGUUGAUGAGCUGAAGUUGUCCACCACCGCCGUGGAAGCUUUGAGUGACUUCUUGCACAAGUUGCAUGUCUUCAAGACUACUGCCAACGUCAAGGAGGGUAUUGCAUUCUACAAUGACAUCACUGAGGUCACCGAGGAAUAUGCUAAGUUCAGAGAUGCUGUUCUCAGCAAGAAGUUGCCUCGCAAGCAACUCAUCCAGGCCAACACCUUUUUGAAUGAGGAUGGCACUGUUGAGGUGCGCGAGUACGAUGAAUCUGAGGUUGGCAUGAUCCAGAGUUUUGCUGACAGAAAAGUUUAA